GGGCCACACGGCGACAGCCUCCCUGGCUUUUGUUCCGGUUUUGCCCCCGCCGAGCUCCACUGCAGUUAACACCGCUUCACGCCAGAUCCAGCCUCACUCGCCCCAUGGCUGCCGCGCCGGCCGCCCGCUUCCGCUUCCGCCUCCUCGCUGUCGCCGUCGCGCUCCUCCUACUCCGCACCGGGGAUGCGUCCGUGCACGAGUACCGCGGCCUCGGCUUCGCCAACAAGGGCAACGCCUUCAUCCUCCACGCCGGCAGCGAGGGCCUCUACGCGCCCGCGGCCUCCCCCACCAACGUCACCGCCGAGGAAGAUGACGACGCCUCCGCCGUGGCCGACGCCUUCAUCCGGUUUGACAAGAUUACUUUUAGGAGACCAGAUGAUGCCAAUGAUUCUGUAAAGGAGACUAGUUCGUCUAAAGUUCAGAUACUCGUUUUUGAGAUAGAAGACCGUGAAAUGAUCGGUGGAUCAGCGUAUGGAGGUCAGAAAGCUAUUUGUUGUACCUCAGAUCUUGCAAAGUUAGGAGCUUGCGCAGAAGGUUCUGUCAUCUACCGCUCAUCCCAGGUAAAUCCUGGUUGGCCAAAGUUGUUUGUUGCAUCUUUUGAUGGAAGUGAUCUGAUUGCAACGCUGCCAUCAAGGACCAUUCCAAUAACCAAAACUGGGAUGUACAAUAUGUACUUUAUACACUGUGAUCUGUCACUUGCUGGUUUGGAGAUCGAGGGGAAAACCAUAUGGAAAAAUCCUACUGGGUACCUUCCAGGUCGUAUGGCACCUCUUAAGAACUUUUUCGGACUGAUGUCUUUUGCUUUUGUCGCACUUGGGAUUUAUUGGUUCUAUCAGUACAUGAAGUUUUGGAGAGAAGUUCUUCCACUUCAGAACUGUAUUACUCUCGUGAUUACACUGGGCAUGUUUGAGAUGGCAUUGUGGUAUUUUGAGUAUGCUGAGUUCAAUGAGACUGGAGUUCGAUCAAAAGGCAUCACAUUUUGGGCUGUCACAUUUGGAACUGUUAAGAGAACAGCUGCUCAAGUUAUUAUUCUCAUUGUCUCAAUGGGAUAUGGAGUUGUCACGCCUACGUUGGGUGGCCUGACAUCAAAAGUGGUCAUGCUUGGAGGAACAUUCUUUUUAGCAACAGAAAUUCUUGAAUUGGUAGAAAAUCUUGGUGCUGUGAACGAUCUAUCUGGAAAAGCUCGGCUGUUCUUGGUCUAUCCGGUGGCUAUUUUGGAUGCCGCAUUCGUUGUUUGGAUAUUUAUUUCUCUAGCUAAGACCCUUGAUAAACUUCAGGCAAGAAGGCUGAUGGCCAAACUUGACAUUUAUAGGAAAUUCACAAUUGCAUUGGUUGUAUCUGUUCUGGUGUCUGUUGGCUGGAUCGGCUAUGAGAUUUACUUCAAAUCAACAGAUGUAUUCAAUGAACGAUGGCAGUAUGCAUGGAUAAUUCCUGCCUUCUGGCAUGUCUUGUCUUUCUCUCUUCUUUGUGUUAUUUGCUACCUGUGGGCACCUUCACAGAACACAAUGAGAUUCGCUUAUGAUGCGAGCGAAUUCUUUGAUCGAAAGGACAAUCUAUCAUUAAUUAGGCCAGCGCCAAUUGCUUCCAAGAAUGGAUGGAGUUUAUCUUCUACACCAGAUGCCAAAGCAACAGGGAACGUGAAUACCAUAAUAUCUUUUGAUGGGGAUGACGAGGAAAACAAAAGGGAGUAAAACUUACUAUCCAUUCGAUCAGGGGAAAGUAAAUUCAACCACAUCUGAUCCUCAGAACUGGACGUUAGAGCAAUUUUGGUAUUUAGCAGAGGAUUGGCCAUGCUAAUUCGCCACUUGAGGUUAUUUCUUUACUUGAUUCAUUUCCUCCAUAGUUCUUCACACGGCCCAUCAUGUUGUUAUCAUCAUAGUCUGAAUGAUGGUAUAUGAUAGGAACAUUUAAUCUGGUAUUUUGAGGCAUGUGAUGUAUAAUAUUUUGUUGUAGACAUCAUGUUGCUUCUUGUCCGUGUGGGCUCAACUUAUGCCAUGUAUGGUAGAAGAUUUUUUUUUUGCUAGAUCUUUGUUCUAUUCGAUUCUAGAAAUUUCUUGAUAGAUAGAUUUCAGCAGAAUAUCUGUGUUACUGUGUUGCAACUUGCAAACAAGUCCACCUGCACCAUAAAGUUACACU